AUACAAACCAGAUGUAAGAGGUUUUUGUACUGACAUGUUCCACAGUGCCGAUAAACUGACGUUUGGAAAAGCCAUCAAUCUCAUUGUUGAACCCAAUGGAAUUGCUGCCCGCCCAACACUCUCCAUCCUCACCCCACUACACAAGAGUGGGGAUGAUGACCAGCCCAAGGUGUGCCUGGCUACAGGCUUCUUUCCUAGUACGAAAAACAUGAAUCUGAUCCUGGGGAAUAAUGAUACUGUCCAACUCAGCACAACCAAGGCAGCUUUAUCUUCCACACGUACCUACUUCUUUGCCGGAUUCUCCAAAGAGAAUAUCAAGCGUUGUGAGAUGGAUGGCAACGUCGAGCCGCCCGUUGAUGAUAAAGAUGAUUCUACAGAUGUGUCUAACUAUAACACCACGGCUACAACUGCUUCUGUCAAUUGCAAAGAUGAACCCCUCAACAAUGUUACUACCACCAACUAUACCGAUUAUACCAAGAUGAACUUCACAUCCUUGGUUGUGUAUGGUUUGAGAGUGCUGUUUGCCAAAGCCGUGGCAUUUAAUGUGCUAUUUACUGUCAAGGCCCUGGUGUUCUAGACAUUAUUUCACUUGGACUCCUACUUUUCAGUUCUGCUUUGCAUCCAGUUUGUCAAACCUGCCUUGUGGUUUUAUCAAGAGCUUCAACAAUAUUAGUAUCUGACUUCUUCAGGGUUGAAUGCUGCAAUACCUCUGCUUACAUUUUGGAAAUACUAGAUACUAAAUACACAUGUAAUGCAUGUGAUUAUUUGCUAUUGAACAUUAGAUUACAUUUUAUGUUCUAUAUCAUUUUAUAUUAUGUUAUAUUAUUUCUAUUUACAUGUAUUAUAUAUUUAACUGCAAGUUGUCAUCAAGUGUAUAAAGACUCCAAAAAUGAUUUCAAACAAUAAUGUCAUUGUACAUUGAUCAAGUUAUGUACGUGGAUACCUUGCAGUUGUUUCUAAAUGCACAAAACCUGUCAAUAGAGAAUUUAAACCACAUUUUCACCAGUACAUUGAAACCAUAUGAACAGUCAAACCAAAUGAACAGAUAAAGAUCUAUCAGACACCUUGACUUCCAAGAAAUGGCUCCAUCAGUUACUUUAUUUGCAUGCGUGCUCAAGAAGUGACAAUAGCGAGAAACACACAUGAUAGUGAGAAACACACACCUUAUAAUGGUUGAUGAAUUGUAUUAUGAAAAUAAUUUGCAAUUACAUGUGUGUCUGAUAUCAGUCAAACAUUUUUAUUAUCGUAUAUGGGAGCUGUAAAUGUAUUGAAAUAAACAGACACAGCUUUUUUUAUUCUAAUCUAAACCAUUAUGAACGUGAAAAGGUGGAUGUCUAUCAAAUGACUAAAAUGGUUGGAAAGUAGUUGUCAGACUCCGGUUUACCAGAAACAUUUGCUUCGGACUAUUCAUUAGGCCUUCAGAUUUAGUAGAGAAGUGCACAUUUUAAAAUAUGAGAUGAUGUUGCCCUCUGCUGGUUGUAAAUGUAUUUUUCUCCGUUGACAUUGUGACCACUAAAUCAGCUGGGCUCAGUUUUUCAAACGUUAUCUGUCUGGAUUUUGCCUAUUGGAUAGGAUUAAAUGCAUAGAAAUAGACUGACAGGAAUGGGAAUCCCCAUUCAAGUCAACGAUUUGUCCAUUCUAUUCAUUCUAUUUCCAUGCACUUAAUCCUAUCCGAUAGGCCAAAUCCAGAAAACGUUUGAAAAACUGGGCCCUGGGUGUUGCUUCACUGCGUGUAUCUUAUUGUAUUUUCUUGAUUCUUCAUGUCCUUCCUCUUUGUCUCCUUCUGGUUCCUUCUCCUCUGAUGCGUUUUGAGAAGGAGGCAUAGAGAGAUGAUGUGAGGGAAAAAUGUCAUGCAGUAUUGUGUUUUCAGUUGUGUAUCUUCUAUAUGAUCAAUUGAACCACUGUAAUACAUUUUGCUUGUGAAUUUGCAGCUUUUUGGUGUUCAAGUGUUUUAUUAAAUGAAUAAAUACAUCAUAUUUUUCA